CGAGGAAAGCUUCAAUUAGAGUCGAACGGUAAUAACCUUAAACUAGUGGAUUUGACCCGAUUGCACACUGAGUGAGCAAUUAUAGUUUUUGACUAUAUAAAAUCGCAAUUGUACCACAGCCUUUUGUGUCAUCGAAUAUCUACUAGCUACCAGUACAACACGAACAAAAUAAAAUAAAAUGGAACCGAAACUUGGUGUUCUUUCACUUCUACUUACCAUUUUUCUAUUCGACUGGGCCGAUUCGGAGGGAAGAAUCUAUGGAGGCUAUCAGGUUGAUAUAACGAAAGCUCCAUGGAUGGUUUACAUCGGGAUAUUUUUUAAGAAACCAUCGAAUAGCAAAGCACUUUACACAUUUUGCAGUGGAUCGAUUUUGAGGCCUAACUUAAUUUUAACAGCCGCUCAUUGUAAUAAAAACGAGACUAGCGGUAAAUUAAAUUCAGCCAAAAGAUACGUAGUCAACGUGGGAUCGAAUCUCAAUGAUUUGUCUGGAGGUACCCACCAUUCGGUCAAAACUGUAUUUAUUCAUCCAGAAUAUAAUGGUGGCGGCACCUAUAAUUUCUUUCAUGAUGUCGGAUUACUUGAGCUGAAGACCGAUAUCAAACUCGGAGAUCGAGCACAGCUCGUAACUAUCGCAUUACCAGAUGAUAAUCCGAAGGAUGGUGCCGAUGUAUAUAUUACUGGUUAUGGUCGAAACCCUGAUCAUCCGGGCGACAAUCGGUUGUAUCAAGUUCAGAUGAAUGUGAUCACUGCCGAAAAGUGUAUCGAAUUACUGGCAAGAGGAACGGUUGAAGAAGUUGACCAGCAUGAGAUUUGUGUUGUAGGCAAAAAUAAAAACCAAUGUCCAGGCGAUUCGGGAGGUCCACUUCAUGACGUAUGUACGGGACGUCAAAUCGGAAUAGCUUCGUACGGCAGCACAGAUUGUCGGAAUCCUAAACCUAGCGUUCUCUCUAGAAUAACAGACAAUUUGGAUUUCAUCAAUCGAAUUAUCCAGAAAACGAGCAAUACAACCGCUGAUCACAAAAAGCAUCGAGAUCCACAAUCAGUGAACCCAACAUCAUCUAUGCCUGAUAUUCGUCCAAUCAGUUGAUGUUCUAAAUGUUGGAUUGCUCUCGACAUGCCAAACGGGGUUAGCCUCUCAAUAAAACUUUAACAUUUAUGACCGGAUCGGAACGAAAAGUAUAAUAAAAA